AAGAACAGAACAUAACAGGACAGAACAGAGGAGAGCAAAAAAGAAGAAUGGAAGCUAUCCUCUCCUCCACUACUCUCUCACUGAGCCCCCUCCCCCCACAUUCUCUCUCCUCAUUUUCAGUCUCUAAACUCACAGUAACCAGACUCAAAACAAGCCUCACCACUUCUUCCCAAAAGGGUUCCCCAUCAUCCCCUGUUUUGCCCCUCAGAGUAUCCGCUAAUUCCCAAGCUGCCCCUGCUACUUCCACCGAACCCACCACUAGCUCCUCUGUGCCCUCUCAGAUGAAGGGUUGGGUCUAUGGAGAGUACGGAGGAGUCGAUGUUUUGAAGGUCGAUUCGAGUGUUUCGGUGCCUCCGGUGAAGGAUGACCAGGUUUUGAUCAAGGUUGUUGCGGCUGCUCUGAACCCCGUUGAUUUCAAGAGGAGAUUGGGUAAAUUCAAGGCCUCCGACUCGCCUCUUCCGACAGUUCCAGGCUAUGAUGUUGCCGGCGUGGUGGUUAAAGUCGGCAGCCAAGUAAAGAGCCUAAAGGAAGGAGACCAAGUAUAUGGGAACAUAAACGAGAAAGCACUUGAAGGACCUAAGCAAUUCGGGUCUUUUGCAGAGUACACUGCUGUUGAGGAGAAGCUAUUGGCUCUGAAACCGAAGAAUCUUGAUUUUGCUCAGGCAGCUGGUCUUCCCCUUGCGAUUCAGACUGCCUAUGAAGGCCUCGAACGGUCAGGGUUUUCAGAUGGAAAAUCUAUCCUCGUUUUGGGGGGUGCCGGUGGAGUGGGAUCCCUUGUAAUUCAGCUAGCAAAACAUGUAUUUGGUGCUUCAAGAGUUGCAGCAACUUCCAGCACUGGAAAGUUGGAGUUGCUGAAAAGCUUGGGUGCCGAUUUGGCCGUUGACUACACUAAGGAAAACUUCGAAGAUCUUCCGGAGAAAUUUGAUGUGGUCUACGAUACAGUUGGGCAGGGCGAUAAGGCAGUGAAGGUGAUGAAGGAAGGGGGCAGCGUAGUGGUCCUAACUGGUGCUGUCACGCCACCCGGUUUCAGAUUUGUAGUCACUGCCAGCGGAGCUGUCUUGGAAAAACUAAAUCCGGCUCUUGAAAGCGGGAAGGUGAAGCCGGUGGUUGAUUCCAAGGGACCGUUCCCAUUCACCAAGGUUGUUGAAGCUUUCUCUGACAUUGAAACAAACCGAGCUACUGGGAAGGUGGUUAUAUAUCCAAUUCCAUGAGAAAAAACCAUUUAGAAUUAGUAUUAUUAGCCCAAUUUAGCUUUUGAAUUUGAGAACUUAUCUGAGUAGAGAUUAUCAGAGGCAACAAAUGUUUUAAUGUAUAAAGUACAUGAAUUUUGUGCACAAAAGCAAUGAAAUUUAUGAAUCUAUGCAAGGCAAUAAUCUGUUACUAAA